AUGUCUUCGGGUCAGGGAGUAAGUGGUAACCAAGCUGUCCAACUAACAAGUAAUGGAGCCAACCAACAAGGAGCCCAAGGACAUUUGUCAGCAUCAUAUAGUUCUGGAACCAUAGGGACAGGUCAGAUUUCUAGUAUAACUACUUCAGGAGCUUCUGGCUCAUCACAAAACAGUCAGUCAGGCUUCACAGGUGGAAUGACUUUUGGUAAUGUAGACCAGGCAAGUGCUUCAGCUGCUACAGGUGGUUAUGGUAUAAAUCAAGAACAAAACAACCUUGUUAGUUCAACUAAUUAUGGAAAUGUAGGUGUACUAACAUCAACAGGUUCGCUGUCUUCAACCAGCAAUGGUCAGUUAGCUACGUCCUCCAGCUCUCAGAAUACAGGAAAUCUCUUCACUUCUAGUUCAAACAAUUUCAACCAGUAUGGUUCAACGUCAGGAGGAGGUACUCAGAUAGGUAUCUCAGAAAGCAGUGGUAACCAUGGAACAUCUAUCACACCAUCAGGAAACACAGGGAUUACUUCAACAUUUAGUGGUCAAGGGCAGAUAUCUGGAAAUAUAGCAACCAAUGUCAAUAAGGAAAUAUCUGGUUCAAUUCAAACUUCUGUUUUCAGACAUCCUGAUCAUCAUAUUAUACAAUAUUCCAUUGUGCCUCAGAGUGACACACAGAACAUGGGGUAUUCAGCUGUAGAAGGUUAUGGGAGUGCAACUCUACACCCCGGAAAUAACUUCAACUCUCAUCUUGUCACUGACAAGAACGGUUUUCAUUAUCAGUAUGUGAAUACUGGGGGAACAAAUCCAGGAGAAAAAGUAUACAGUUAUAACACAUCACCAGUCACCAAUCAAGUAACUCCAAGUGGAAUUCCUCCACAACCAACAGAUCCUGCUUCUGGGCAGGCCUCCCUAUCAGGAGAAUCUCAGGGUUAUCAAGGAAUAAAUGGAGCUCUACAAACCAACUUUCAACAUUCUAGUGGUGGAAAUUUUGAGAGUGGUUUUAAAAAACCAUUUAAAGGAAACUUUGGUAUUUUGGGAAAUCAUCGCCAUAAACUGAAUGCAGGACUUUCUGGCAGUAUAACUGGUCAUUUAGGAGGUGCGGGAAAUCUACAAGGAUUCUUAGGUGGAAACAGGGUUGGUGGAAUAAUAAAUGGAGGAGGAAAUACUGGAGGUGGAAUCAGAGGAGAGCAUGGUAUCAGUGCAGGAUUUCAAGGUGGGAUAAAUGCCGAACAUGUUAAUGAAGGCCAAUUUCAGGGAACAUUUUUAGGAAAUCCAUCAUUAAACGGGCAAUACCAGUCUACCACAGGGCUAACUGGGGGAAUCAAAGGAAACUUCCAGAAGUAUCAUACAUUAUCUGGGUCAUUCCAAGGAAAUUCUGCGACAAGAGCACCACAAAAUUAA